GAAAAAGAGGCUUUCAGGUUUGUUGACCGUUUUCUGGCCCCAACACAACACGCUCUUCCUCUUCCUUUUUCUCUUCUUCUUCCUCUUUCUUUCACUUACACAUUACACACACAUGUAUUUGAUGCCACCAAUCUCACCCAUCACCUCACACAUUCCCAUCAUCCAAACCUUCUUCCUCUGAAUGGGUUGCUUUUUCGGUUGUUUUGGUUCCUCCAAACAUAGAAACCACAAGCACAAGGUUCAAAGAAAUGAUAGUAGCAAUAGCAAGCAAGAGCAACAUAGUGUCUCUUUGGUUCAUGGUUGCUCCACAAAUGCUAUUAACCCUAUACCCCAACUCCAGGAUGAAAGUGAGGAGCAACUAAGUGUUAGCAGCAGAAAGAAAGUGACAUUUGAUUCCAAUGUGAAGACCUAUGAGCCUGUUUUAGCGGAUGAAGUUGUGGAGAGGAAAAAUGAGCAAGCUUUGGCCCAACCAAAGUCAUCUUCCUCUGAAGAUAGUUCUGUGACUUCAACGGGGUCGAACCCUCCCAACCAUAGGUACCAGAAUUGCCGCGACAGUGACGAUGAGGAGGAAGAGAUUGAUUAUGGAGACAGUGAUCUUAGUGAUGGUGAUGAGGAUGAUGAUGAUGCCAUCAAAGAAGAAUGCAAUGAAGUGAGUGAGGACUUUGGGGAAGAUGGCAUAGUGGCAACUACUGUUUCUGAUGAUCAUGUGUUUGUUGAAGAAGAGGUUAGUGUGAAGUCCAUUGGGUCCAACCCUAAUGUGAGAGACAGAAGUGCUUAUGUUCAUCCUGUGCUGAAUCCAGUGGAGAAUCUCACUCAGUGGAAAGUUCUUAAGGCUAAGAGAACACCAAUAAGGCCUCAGAAAGAGAAUGAUUUUGGGGUUGGUGUCAAAGGAUCACCUUUCAGCUUGAAUUAUUCCGAAAGCGACACACCGAAGAAGUUGAACCGGGAGAUCCGAGUUGAUGCCAGCCUGUCAAAUUGGUUGGUCUCACCAGAAACUACACCUGUUAUUAGCAAGGCUGGCUCAGUGGCAUCCUUUGCUGGUACCCCUGAUAGGAGCACCUCACAGGGUUCAUAUUCUGUGAUAAGUCAUGAAGAUAGGCCCAUUUUAGGGGCAUUGACAUUGGAAGAGAUCAAACAGUUCUCGGCUACUUCGUCUCCACGGAAGUCACCAAGUAGGAGUCCAGAUGAGAUGCCUAUUAUUGGCACUGUUGGAACCUACUGGAAUGCUGCAGGCUCUGCUGAGGAUCCUGGCUCAGUCUCUUCCUUUAAAGGAAUUCCGAACUCAACAAGCAAGUACAGAGAGGUAAAGAUGAGGAUAAGAGAGUGAAUUGGCACUCAACCCCUUUUGAGACAAGAUUAGAGAAGGCUUUGAAUAGAGGUGCUUCUUCUGCUUAUGUUCCUCGUGUAUUUUAGAAGUUUGCAAUACUGUGUUGAUUCAAGGAGAGUGUGAAUUGUGCAGGGAAUGUAUUUUUUUUAUUCUUUUAACAUGAUUGAGUGUGACUUUUCCUUUUCUACUGCAAUUUGUACUUGGCUUUGAAGUUAUACUAUAAAAAUUCAGGUGCAGCUUAUAACACAAAAUCAUAUUUCAUGUC